AUGGCCCCAACCCUCCCUACCCGCAACCGAAAACGCAAGCGAUCUUCCACGCCACCAACAUCGACAACGCCGUUAUCCUAUGUAGAGCAGCUAUCCCAAUUAGAAGACUACCAUAUCCGCGUAACCAGCACCGACCUCCUCACCGAAGAAACCUGGGACCUCCCCUCCGACCUCCUCUCCCGCUACUCGACCUCCUUCGGCACCCUGAUCCGCCAACUCCGCGCCUCCAACUCUCACGCCAGGCACCUCCAACUCCGCAACACCGACCCAGCCCUAUUCACGCUGUUCGUCGAUUUCCUCUUCCAAGAGGAUAAGAGCUGUCCACUGCCCCGCACCACGGCGGGCGCGGCGUCUAAUUCCGAGGAGUCGGAUGCGAGUGUGGGGAGACGGCCGCAGCGGAGUAUCUAUUCGCGAUGCUGGGAGGAUGAGGAGCCGGUGCCUAGGGACUGGGAGAGUGCGCCGGAGAGGGCGUGGGUGCUGGGCGUCCGACUCGGCGCUAAAGAAUUCAGAGACUACGCCAUGAGGGUCGUCGUUCGCACCUACGUCGGUUCGCUGCCAAGAUAUCUGAUCGACAUCGUGCCGUGGGUGUACGAGAACACAAGCGAGGGAUCGCUGUUAAGGAAGUUUUGUGUUGAUGCCAUCGCGUGGUUCGUGGGGGAUGGGGCGAUGCGGGGGGAGUAUGAGCAAGACGCGUUGGCGGAGCUGGUGGAGGCGUGUCCGGAGUUUGUGAGGGAGUUGAUGGCGGGGAUGGGGGCGGCGGGGAGGAGGAAUAGGUGUCCGGUUGAGAGGGUGGGGAGGUAUCUGACGCCGGAGACGAUUGUUGUGCAGGACUAG